AUGCCACACGUGAUCCGCGAUAAGCAGAAGAUCGGGAAAAAAGAAGUGGCUGUUGGCGGGCUUGUCUGCACGAAUAGCUUCGAAUUGUACUCGCUCUAUGCAUUUGUCGCGGUGUUCUUGGAUAGCCCCUUGCGACAUGCCGUGGAGCUAUGCACGCUCCUCAUUGAGGAUCACUUCGGCGAACUCUUCGCGCGCAUAUUUUCCACUCUACAACGUUACGAAAGACUCUCUCUUCCUCGGUUGAAGUUCUACUCUCAUCUAUCUGACCGACAAUUACAAAAUGGCCUUACAGCUAUGAUACAACAUCAUCUUGUGUUUCACUUCACCUCUCUAGAUGACGGCUUUACUUAUUAUGAGGCAAAUCCUCACGCCGCAUACUAUCUUGUCCGCAGCGGGAAAAUCCUUCAUUUGGUUGCCGAUCGCCUUGGAGACUACGCGGCUCAGAUAAUGGAAACGGUCAUGUAUCUUGGUCAUGCAUCGGUUGCGCAUCUUGAGACCAUGCCUGAGCUACAAGCUCAGAUCCCCAGCCACACCAAUGGACUAUCGCAUGAGGACGAGAACCCGGUCUCUCAAACAGAAGAUGACGGCCAAUUCGCCCACACCAAUGGGAAUCACGCACCAGCCUUGAGAGCACCAAUCUUUUCUACCCUCAAGAAACUCGCUUCUCAUGGGUACCUCAUGAGAGUCCGCGAAGCACACUUCCAAAGCCCUUCAGAUAACUACCUUGAAGCGCACCGAAUUAUGACUUCCCGAGCCGACAUCAAGAAUAUGAAAGGAAAAAAGUACAUAGAGGCCGUUCAAGAUGGUGUCAAGAAUCUUAUCGAGGAGCGCACAGGUGCGGAUUUAUCUGAGAGUCUUCAGGUCAACGGUCUCCCCCGUGGAGUCAAAAGGAAGCGACAAGGAGCCGUCACAACGAAUGGUAUUAACGGAAACUAUGUGGAGGGAGACAGGGAGAAGAAGCACGAUGACUGGUCAGAUGACGAAAAUGAGUUGGACGAGACUCCUAUGGAUUCUGAUCUCGUGGUCACGGUCAACUACGACAAGCUUGAUGUAGCUUUACGCAAUGCCAAGCUUGUUCAGUUUGCCGCAGAAAGUAAUGCGCCCACCGCCACCACAGAAGUCUUUAAAUGCCUUCUUCGACGUAUCGAGUACGCAACACCUCGCUGUCGAGAGUUCCGAGAAAUCCCUGCCGAGGGUGAAGAAAAUGAUCAUUUUUCCGUUCCGAUCGAAUUACAAGAUCUAGUCGAUCUCAUUGAUCCCGACUUAGAUCUCUCUUCGACAUUUGCACCAACCAACCCUCCCACGUCACAACCCAAUUCUCUUGGGAAGCGGCCUUUGGCGAACGGAGUCAAUGGCGACCAUUAUGAAGAUUCUACCGACGCCUCAAACAGCGUCAGCCGCGCAUUCGAAGUCAACCAACACCUCAACCUUCUUUCCGAACCCCCUUACAACUUUACUUCCUCCUUUUCGCAGGCUGUCAUCAAGUGGCGUGUUGAAUUUCGUGGUCUGGCCCGCAAGCUGCGACAUCUAGAAUUGGAGCGAAUGAUCGAAACACGAUAUGGAGAUGUUGCGCUGCGUGUUAUACGUGUCCUCCAUACCAAGGGCAAGCUGGACGAAAAACGGCUUCUCGAGAUCAGCAUGUUGCCCUUUAAGGAGCUGCGGCAGACUCUGGCCAGUAUGCAAUCCGGUGGGUUCGUGGAUCUGCAAGAAGUACCUAAGGAUUCCCAACGCCAACCUUCGAAAACGAUAUUCCUCUGGUACUAUGACCCAGACCGUGUCUGCAGCAAUCUAUUAGAAGAUACGUACAAGGCCAUGUCACGUACCUUGCAACGUAUUCGUUUUGAGCGGGACCGCUUAAAAGAUUUCUUGGAUAAGACGGAACGCAGCGAUGUGAAAGGGCACGAGGAGGAAUAUCUCACUGAAGAAGAGCUCGAGAUUCUGCAGCAAUGGAGGGAUAAAGAGGCACUUCUCCUAGCUGAAGUGUCUCGCCUGGAUGAAAUGGUGGCUGUAUUUCGGGACUACUGA